CACCAAUUUACAUCGAAUUUUUCUUGGAAAAUAUCCCUGAUGGUUCCACUAAAUCACUGACGCAGCAUUUGAGCCAUGAUUUGAACUUCCUGUCAUCAGUGUUGCCAGUAAAUACAGUCGCUAAUUCUAGCACCAAUUACGUCUCAAAUUCUAUUCCUCGUCCCGCGCCGUCCACUUGAUUUCUCAAUCAACAACAAAGUGCUAGCCAUAGCUCUGGCACCAAUUAGCAGUCGUCGUGUCGGAAAUCGAUCCGUUCGGUUCUUAAUGAGAGGCAAAUUUACACCUCCGUGGAACUGCCCUUCGGUAGAUAUUUUGUUCCUUUGAGGAAACUACAUACACAGUUCCUUCCAUCCAACUGGCAAUCGCAUCAUCCGAGUGUAGUCCAAUCCAAAGCCCAGCACAGAACUUGUAUACAGAGAAACGAGGCGGUUCGGAUCUACGACGCCGUUGUCGCUUCUUCAUUCUUGCUACCUAGUAUAUACCCACUAGCUCUAGUUCUGAUGAUUGGCGAUUUGCCAGAUUGUUCUAACUAGCGGCAGUCAGUGACGACGACGACGACGGCAUCACUGACUGUGUAGAUUCCCCAGUUCGAUAGGUGGAUUUCGGUGGAAGGAACCAACAACGGACGUUUGAAGAUACGACAUCGCUGCAAGAGGAUUAUAAAUUUAACACGCCACACACCGGGUCGUUUCGGGGCAGUCUGGCAGAGCCUGGUUCAUGCUGCCAUUGAAUCUCUCCUUCUGGUAACCCGAGCUGGAAGCAAUAACUUUGUGAAGGUCUAGGUGUAAUAACGUUUCUCAAAAGCGUCGGAUCGCUUUUCGGUUUUCGACACUCUGGUUUUUCGAUUUAUCCUAGGCUAGGCCUUCAUAACAUCGGAUAUAUGAUUUUCAGACGAAUUUGAGCCCCUCAUGAGAAAAAUCCAAAAAAGUACGUUUUCCAAUACUUCCCAUACAAAUUUCAAAUUUGGUAAUUUUUGCGUGAUAUUUUCAAAAUCGGACCACUGUGUUCCACUAAUGAAGCUCAUUUUCUGAGUUCUUCAUUUCCUUUUUCUGAUAUAAAGCAUAACACUGAUGUAAGGGAUAACACAAUUUUAUACCCAUAAGUUAUUCUUUCCUGUUCGAGGAGCCGAAUCCGCCUGUACACGGCGAUGGAAAACAGGACGGAAAGUGUCGCAUUUUCUUUGCCCCAAUGAUUCGUUCCUAACCGGCUUUUUUUUCUGUCGUCCUAUUAUUGUUGAUGUUUGCUCGCCCUGGCUCGCCUCGAUAUCUAUUCUAUAUGUAAAUCACUUGGGCUCUGCCGUUCGUUACUACUAUACUACUGCCACCACCUCGACACGACCUUCCUAUUGCGCACACACUUCGUUCUACCUACUGACUGACAAGAACCAGAAAACAACUUGCCAAAAAAUACUGCUCCGGUUUGUGCCGUUUUCUUCGAAUCGCUUUUUUCCCACACCGGGGGUGUCCUCUUGCCUUCAGGGCACACCGGGGGAAACCGUCACCACCACCCAACGUGAGAAACAGACAGGCCUAGGGCACUCUUUGACUGCGACAAGAUUUUCGCUGGCGACCAAUUAAAAUUCCGAUUGCCGUUUGGCUUGGCUGCCGACGUCCGGAAAAUAAGACAUCAACUGCGGAAAUCGAUGCAAAAUUUGAAACUUUACUACAGCACAGUCAGUCUGAUUCUGCGUAAGGUCAUAGGUUAUUGUAGGGUAACAACAGGAAGAUUAGGUUAGGUAACACCGUGCGUGCGGUUCAUGUUUCGGUAAAUUUUGAUUACAUCCAGCUGAACAGCUGCCUGCCAGUUCGACAGUUCCUCGUCUUCUGGAGAACAGAAAAGAAAUGCAUGCAGAUGUCGCAGCCAGUCACCGGCCAUCGUUAUUUUCGUCCAUCGCGCAUCCUGAUUAGCUUCUCCUCCGGUGCGACUUCGUGGGAUUCGUGAGGCGACCGGCUUUCUACCAGCAGCCAAAGAAGGACAUGGGCUGUUUAGGUAGUAAGGAUCGCCUCUCGAAAGAGGAUAUGGACUUUCUCAAAUCACACACCCGAUACGAUGAAUCCACAAUCAAGGAAUGGUACAAAGGGUUCAAGCAAGAUUGUCCAAACGGCAAACUAACGCCGGCCAAGUUUGUAGAUAUGUACAAAAUGUUCUUCCCGUCGGGCAAUGCCGAAGAAUUCUGCGACCACGUGUUCCGAACGUUCGACAUGGACAAAAACGGCUAUAUUGAUUUUAAGGAAUUUCUGUUAGCAAUCGACGUGACAUCCAGUGGCACACCGGAGGAGAAGCUAAAGUGGGCGUUCCGGAUGUACGACGUGGACGGUAACGGCGUCAUAGACAUCCAAGAAAUGACCAAAAUAGUUCAGGCGAUAUAUGAUAUGCUCGGUGCGUGCUCGUCCAACAAACCGGCAGACUCGGCGGAGGAACGCGCGAAAAACAUCUUCGCCAAGAUGGACGAAAAUAACGAUGGCCAACUGACGCAGGACGAGUUCCUCAAGGGCUGCCUGCAGGACGAGGAACUGUCGAAAAUGCUGGCACCUUAAGCUUAAAUACUUAGUAGUCAUCGAGACGUCGAAACACACACACAAACACACUCACACAUACAGACGGACAGACACACUCACAGGCACACACACACAGAUGGACACAGAAGAAAGCAAGAGGAAAAAUCAUCCAAUUUAGAUAUUUAGUAAGAAUUAAAGUAAUAUUGAAAAGUCAUACAAAAACCAAAAUGAACAAAAGAGGUAAGUGGAAGCAGGGGAAAAUCAGAUAAAAACACAGUUGUUUGUAGGACAAAAUGCACAACAAAAACGAUUCAGAUACAUUUGCCAUUAAACAGCAGCAGCAGCAGCAGCACGCAUUGGAAGACAGAAAACUAACAGAAAAACGCGCGUGUUUCCAAGGACACACCGUUGUUCAUCGGUAGUUUUUUCGGUUAAGUCAAGUCAAGUCAAGUCAGUAAGAAUCAUUAGGGAAUAUUCGCGUUUAUAAGUUAAUUAGGUAAAAAAACCGUAAAACAGAGCUGCAGCAUGAAACGUUUACACAGUGUGGGAGAAAGCGAACGUGGCGAGAUGCAUACUAGGGUGCGGCAUGUUUUUCGAAAGUUGUUUGAAAUUUUGGAAUUCGUGUGCUCAUCUAGAUGUAAAUCACAUAAAAAAGGAACUACGAUUUUAAGCCAAACAUAUUGAAUUUAGAGGUGGCACAAAGCUAGAGUAAUAAAAAGUUACUUCAACUUAGGUCUUAUCAAUGUGUCAAUCUCUAAUUGAUUUUCUAUCUUUUAGUACGAUUUUCUUUGAAGCUGAUCUUUUGGUAAAAUUUUACCAAACUUAUCUACAUGAACAUUAAUUUAACGCGUUUUUCUCGAUUUAUUUUCUUUUUUUCCAGAAUUUUAAUUUAAAAGGCUGUAACUGUUGUAAGGCCAUCACCUAAUCUCUAUACUUUCAAAUUAUACUUGAAGAAUUGUCUUCUUAUGUGAAUUGAAUAAAGCAGGACUCACGUUUCGAAAAAUAAGCCGCACCCUAAUGCAGACCGACUUACACACAAAGGAUAAUUUAACGAAAUGGGCCACGCCAAUUAGCGACAUAAAAGGGUUCGGGAUCGCAGGACGAGCUCUGAGAUUGAAAACGUUGCACAUUUCACGCUGGUACUCACACACACACACACCUACAAACAAACGAAAGAGUUGACGUUUUUCCGGGUUUCUGUUUCCGUUGUUUUUUUACAGGAUGUUAACACAGAAACAAACCAGAAACAACACUUAGAGUAGAAUUAGGGAAGAGAAACAGCGCGCAGGGGAUUUAAUGCAAGGUAAACCAGAGCAAACACAUGAUAAUCACUUGAUUAGCUAAUUACAAAAAAAAAAGAAAAUUCGAAUGGGAAUACAACAAGGGAAGGAUGUUAGAAUAGGAACAGAUAAGCAGUAACCGCAUUCAUCAAAUCAUGUUUUUUAUACGUGUUGGUAAAGAAUUGUACGUGAACGAAUCAUCUGUCAAGAGCGAUAGGAAGCGAAGAAUCGAUUGGAUUUUGAGCCACUACCUACCACAUUGCUUCGAUUUCCCAUUUGCACUUUAACUUAAGACGCGAGUAAAAAUUCGGGGUGGAAGAACUAGGGAGAUUAAUGGUAUCCAUAAAUUUGCUUCCCCCUGAUACCUGCUUUGAAGAAGCUUUCCGUUUCCGUUUUCCCGUCAGAUUUCCUCCUAGGUGUUUGAAGAAGUAGAGGAAAAAAAAAAAACGAAAAAUCGACGAUUUGGGUGCGGGAAAAGUCAAGUCAACAAACGGAAACGCCGUAAUUGGGUGAGUAAUUUGAUCUGUACCAUUUGACCUUUCUUUGAAGUGAAAAAUCCGUGCCAUCUUGUAAUCGCAGUUUGUUUAAGAGGGAAGGUUUACUGACAAGUUGUGCUUAAAUAAAAAGAAAAUCGCGUUAAGUACUGUUCCUUUGAAUUCCACUAAGAAUUUGCAUCCUUUGACAGAUACGUAUUUCGACCUCAACUGUAAGGUCGUCUUCAGUGUCUUGUACUUGACUCGAGUCAAGUACAAGACACUGAAGACGACCUUACAGUUGAGGUCGAAAUACGUAUCUGUCAAAGGAUGCAAAUUCUUAGUGGAAUUCAAAGGAACAGUACUUAACGCGAUUUUCUUUUUAUUUACAGAUAUUCCCCUAACAAGCCCAGGUUAAUCAUCAUCAAGUUGUGCUUUCCCAUUUUAUUGAAAAAUACGAUUCGGGCAUAACACAUGCUUGCUUUUUCUGCAUUUGGGGCUUUAUGUAUUUUGGCAAGCUUUAAAAAUAGCCCUAAUAAUCGAUUCUGAAUUAUCAUUUUACGGAGUUUCAUUUAAAUGUUGCUUCAAUUUUAAGAUAUUUUUUUUUCCAAAAUUAGUCAUUACUAAAAAAAUGGGUUCUGUUUCCUUCUAUGAACUUCAGCAGAUUCUUUGGAAAGCUCGAGUGAGAUUUCUUUAGAAAUCCGUGAAAGAUUUCUACAGAAAUCUGAAAACAAUUCUCCUGAAAACUAUCUAAAACUUUGUAAGAAAUUCCGCCAAGAGUUUCUGAAAAAUUUCACUGAUGAGAAGAACGUCAUGAUAAAAAUCUGAGAAAAUUCUCCAUACACGAGCGGCACAUUCUUUUAUUUCAGUAAUAUAUAAAGAAUUCCUUCGGAAACUUAUUGGAUAUCCCUCCAGUUAUAUUCAACAGACUCGUACAAAGCAUUUUCCAGAAAUCUAUUCAGUAUCCAAUGAAUCUGUGAAAGACUCCCGUAAGAAUCUGUAAUAAUUAUCCCUGGAAGUCUAUGAGAUAUUAACCAAAAAUUCGUUUAAAAAAAUCUCUAUAAAUUUGUGAUGGGCAUCCUAAAAAAAUAACUUACUGAGUUUUUGAUAGUUUUUAACAGGAAUCUAUGAGAGAUUGCCCAAGGAAACCAAGUUUUUUUUUUCAGAAAUCUGUGGAAAAAAUUCCCUUGAAAUUUAUGAGAAAUUCCGCUUAGAGCUGUUAGGGUAUUUCAUAAAAAUAUGUAUGAAAGUCGAAUAAAAGCCCCAUAACAAAAUGAUAACUGGUGCUCACUCCAGUACUCAUUUACCAAUUUUGUGUUAUCACCCUGAUAAUUCAUGUUACCGCACCUGUCAAACUCUGAAGCGCCAUCAUCGACAACAACAUCGGAAGUUAGUAAUCAAUGGCCGAGAAAAUAUCCCACUGAUAGCAAAAUGAGUUUUCAAUCAGAUCAAUUCAAUUGAUUUACAAAAGUUGUUAUCAGGAUACCCCUGAUGAUAACAUAAUGAGAUAUUUUAAUGAUAUCGUGGGUAUAAUUGGUUGUUAUCAUGUUUGUUAUGUUGCCUGCUUAUUCAACCAAACUGAGAACAAAUUUAGUUAAUUAUUUUCGUUAUCAGGUAACACAGUUUGUUAUCCGUUUAUUAUGAAUCUUUGCUCGGGUAAUCCAGCCGCAAUUUUAAGCAGAUCUUACCAUGGGUAUUUAAAUGUUUUCACCAGAAAUCAGGAUGACAGUAUGUGAAAGGUUCAUUAAAAAAUUCUCCAUGUAAAUUCACAGGAUUCGUUUGAAGUAUUUUUUUUUAUAAAUCUGUUGGAUCUCAAUUCAUGGAUCUGUGAAAGAUUCUUACAAGAAUCUGUAAUAGUUUGCCCCAAGAAUCUGAGACAUAUUCGUUUAUAGAUCUGUAAAAGAUUUCUUCGGGAAUAUACGAUGGUUAUCUGUAGAAAUCAGUGAUAAAUUCCUCCAGCCAAAAUAUUUUUUUUUGUUUUUAAAUUUAAACUUGCAAACUUUAUUUGAUACCUGUAGCACAUUUCCUCGAAAAUCAGGGAAGGAUUUUUCUAGUUAACGGUGGAUAGAUUCACUGAAGUCUGUUCAAAAAAUUCUUGAAAAUUCUACAAAAUAUUGGGAUAUUCGUUUCUUUUUUUCAGAAUCUAUGAGAACUCUGUGAUGUAUGAACAACUUAUGAGAGUUUCCACGAGGAAUCUAUGAGAGUUUGUUGUUUUUUAUUUGUAAAUUCCCUGGAGUGUGUGAGAAAUUCUACUUAGAAUUUACAGGGAACCGCAUUAAAAACCUAUAAGAAAAAUCUACAACAGAUUCCACCCAAGAGUGAUCAAACGGGUUUCCUAGAAAUCUUUGAAAUAUUACCAAUUCUGUGAUUAGCUUAUUCAAAAAUAUGAAAUUUCAAGAGUAAUCCUGAAAAAUUCAUGAAAUAGGGUGACAAACGGUAUUAUCGGCAGGUUUGUUCUCUUCCUCAUGAGGGGUUUUUGUCGACCAAAUUGCCUGUAACUUGGUCAUUUCAUUCUGCUUGAUUGGGAAAGAUUUAGGAAAGAUUAAGCUUUUUUAACUUUUUAAUUGAAGAAAAACUUUGAUAUAUUCUUCCAGAAUUUUACGAAAGAUCUCUUCGAGAAUCUCCGUGUUAAACUCUCUCAGAACUUUCAUCUGAAACUUAUGACAAGCUUUUCCUAGAAUCUGUGUAAGUUCUUUCUAAGUAUUUCUGUUGGUCCCCAAGAAAGCUGGGAGAUAUAUUUCCAAAAUGAAAAAAAAAAAAAAAAAAUACGACGAAGAUAUUUUUUUUUAAAUUGAAACUUCAUUAGAAGUACCGUCAAGAGUUUGUGAAAGAUACAAAUUUAUGGACGCUUUCCAAAGAAUCUGCAUAAGAUUCGUUUCGGAAUAUGUUACCAUUUUUUCUUAAAUUUGUAGCAUAUUUCAACAGAAAUUUGUGAUAUUUGUAAUCAUAAAUAUUGUAGAAAGUUGUCGUAGAAUGUGUACAAAUAUAUGAGAAUUUCAACCAGUGGAUUGCUUUAAGAGUAUUUGUGGAAAAUUUAAUUAAAAAUCUUAGGAAUUUCAAGUAAUAUCAGAUUUUCAGUAUUGUUUCAGUAUUGUAUAAUAGUUUAAGUUUGGGAGAAUGUGCAUUUUUCAUUCAAGAUUCAGAUGAAAUUUCUCCAGGAAUUUGUUAUUUUUAAAUAUGAUUCUUAAUAUAAAAAUAAGGAAUGAGAUUCUACCUAGAGAGAUUUUAAGAUUUCGUUAGAGGUCCCCCUAGAUUCAAUAAAAUGAUCUGUCAGCAAUUUGAAGCAUAAUUGAAUGUGAGAGAUUUUUCGAAAAAUGACUAGGAAUUUCUUCAGGAAUUUAUGAGAUAUUUCUUCAAAAAUCACUGCCAAAUUUAUCAGAAUUGUUUGAAAGAUAUCUUUAGAUUCCUCUACUAUUUUUAUUAUUUCUUUAUUAUAGAGAUUUUGAGCUACAUACUUCUCUCUCUCUUACAGGGACCCAAUCAGAAACACGGGAGAAAUUCUCUGAAAAAAUCUAGAUGAUAUAUUGGAACAAAAUUGCUUUCAACAAUCUGUAGAAGAUUUUUCCUAAAAUUUGUGAGAUAUUUCUUCCGAGAAUUGCCUCCGACAAUCUGUGAUCUGCCGAAAUUUUCUCCAGGUUAUUGUGAAGAAUUUCUCCAGAAGUUCGAGAGAAUUUUCAUCAGAAAAUUGGCAGAAAUUUCUUCCUCACUUCUGUGGAAGAGUUUUUCGGGAAUUCUUUAGUAAUGUCUCCAAAAUCUAAUCCAAUCAUUGCUUGACUUGAGAAGGAAAUAUAAUCUGCCUCAACAGUCAAGGGUUACCUAUUAUCAGUCUUUGCGUGCUUAAAAAUGCUCCAUGUUCAUGUCAAGAAGAAGAUUGAUUUAUGGAACGCAUCUUUUCGCACCCGUGAACAAUAUUGCCCGAAUCACCGAAAAACAGAAUUAUCGAAACAAAAGUAGUCCAUUAAAUCGGUCAAGAUGGAAUCUAUAGACAAGCAGCUACGAUUGACUUAUUUUCCAGCAGCUGAAUCUUUCAGCCGUUAGCAAAAGAAAUUGCAGGAAAAAAUGGUUUUCUGAUAGAUAUUGGGAUCUAUUGGAGUUCAAAGGAAAAAAAAGUACUUUGGGAUGGAAUUCUGUAAAACGUCCUUCCGGAAUCCUUCUAGAAUGAGAGAGAUUCCAUAGUGAAGCUGAGAGAGAUUAUUUCCACGAUCUGGAAGACAUUCUUUUCGGACCGAUGGAGAGAUUUCUUCCAGAAUGCUGGAUAGUUUCUAGCCAACAUUCGGGAGAGAUAACACGGGUUAUUCUGGGGAGAUCCCGGGAUAUAUUCUGAAGAGAUUCCCCACGAAAUCCUGUUGAAAAAAUCCUACGAAGUUUUGUAUAAGUACCUCAAAUAAUCUUUGAGAAAUUUCAGACAUAAUCGUGGGGAUCUUCCUCCCGAAAUUUUGUAGAGAUUUCCCACUUAAAGAGACUUCCCACUGUGGAAUAAAUUUCUCACAGACUGCUGGAGAGGCUCUUUAUAGAGUCCUGGAAAAAGGAAAAUUCCAUAUGGAUUAACGGAGGACUUCUUCUCGGAAUUGUGGAAGAAUUAUUCUUGGGAUCCUUAAAAUAUGCCUUCUGAACUCUGCAGAUAAUCUCUGAGGAAUCUUGAAGGUAAUUUUCACAAAACCCUUGGGAGAUUUUCCACAGAAUCCUGGAGAGAUUCUUGAAGACAUUCUCCCCGGAAUCCUGAAGAGGUUUUCUUCGGAAUCCCCAGAGAAUUCUGGAGAAGAUCUCUGAAGCAUCCUAGAGUAAUUUCUCACGCAUUCCUAGCGGGAUUCAUUACGAUAUCGUGUGGAGAUUCAUCACGCAUUCCUGGAAAGAUUCUCCAUGGCAUCCUGGAGGGAUUUCUCUCAGAAUUGGAGAGAGUCCUCACGAAUUGCUGAGCAGUUGAAAGAAUCCUCAGGAAGUAACCCUAGGAAUCCCGGAGGACUUCUUCUAUGAAUACUGAAUGAAUUAUUCUCUGAAGCAUCUCUAGGAAUCCAGAUAUUCUUGAAAUGCCGGAGGGAUUCCCUACGGAAUCCUGAUAAGAUUCUCCAAGGAAUCCAGAAGAGAUUCCCUACUGAAUUCCGACCAGACUACUCUCGGAAUCCUAAGAAGAUUUUUCACGGAAUCUUGUAGCAGUUUCUUAUCUUUUUAAUAAGACAUUCAGCAUAGAAUCUUGGAGAGAUUUAAUGAAGAACUCUGGGACGGUUGCUCAUAGAAUCCUGGAUAAAUUUAUCGGGGAUUCCUGUUGAAACGCCCUACGCCAACUUAAAGAGAUUACUCACGAAUUCAUUGAGACAUUCCCAACGGAACUCUGGAGAGUCUGCCCACAAAAUUAUCGAGAAAUUCUCCAUUUUAUCUUGGAGAGUUUCCCCCCACGGUUUCUUGGAGAGAUUGUCCACGGUAUUUCGGAGAGAUUUCUUCUCAAAUGCCAGAAACAUUUAUUUUGGAAUACCGCAGAGCCUUCUGCAAAGAUUUUUUCCGGAAUCCGUAUUCUUUUCAGAUUCUUUUCUGAGUUUUUUGAAAAGCUGUUUACUGAAAUCUAUAAGAGAUGUCUUCCGCAAUGAUAGAGAGCUUCCUUCUGGAUUGCUGGGGAGAUUCCUCUCUGAUUUUUUUUUUGAGAUUACUUUCGAAAUAAUGAAGAGAUUCCCCCAAUAGUUCUGAAGGGAUUUCUUAUAAUGUUCUGGUGAGGUAUCUUGAAGAUACUUGUUCAGAAUCCUGGAGAAAUUUUGACAAAAAGUCUUUUGGAAUCCUUGCGAGAUUCCUGGCGGAAUCCUGGAGAGUUUUUAGGAACGAUUUCGUUGAGAUUACUUCCUGAAGAGAUUUUCUACUGCUUCCUUGAGAAAUGCUCGUCGGAAUCCUGGAAUAAUUCUUCAACGACCCGGGAAGGAUUCUUGCCGCAGUCCUAGAGAGGUUUGCUCCACAAUGCUGAACACAUUCUGGAAUACAUUGGAACUCAGGAGAUAUUCCUUCAACAAUCUUGGAGUAAUUCCUUCCGGAUUGCUGGGAAUUCCUCUCUCAAUUUUGGAGAAAUUACUUCCGAAAUACUGGAGUUAUUUCUCCCGGAAUUCCAGCUUCUGCAAUUCAGAAGAGAUUCUUUUCGGAAUUUUGCAGACAUUUCCUGAAGUAAUACAUUCCGGAGCUCUGGAGAGUUCUACAAGAAUUCUGGCGUGCUUUGGAGAAUUAUCUUGGAGAGAUACUUGACUCAUUGUGGAAUCCUUACGAGAUUCCUGGUGGAAUCCUCGAAAUAUUAACCCUCCGUAAGUCGCGCGAGUUCUGAAGAGAUUUCCUGUGAGAUCUUCACGAUUAUACUCAGAACACUGGUUGGAGAGAUUCGCCAUGGAAUCCUGCAGAGUCAUUUCCUACGGAAUCCUGAAUACAUUUUCCACAAAAUCCCGGAAAAUUUUAUCAUGGAAUCUCGGGUUGGCUUCCUCGGGGAGAGAUUCUUCGAGGAAUUUGGAAGCUUAAUGAAGCUUAAUGGAGUCCCUAAUUAAAUCCAUGAGGCAUUUCCUCCCGACACGAAUGCCCAUUUUUGGGUAAAAUGUCGUAAAUAAAUUAUAAUAAUAAUAAUAAUGAGGCAUUUCCUACGGAAUCUUGAAGAAAUUAUUUCUCUCUGAAGAUUGUCAACGAAAUUCUGAAGGGAUUCCCAAAAUAAUCCUGUAGAAACUUUCCACGCAAUCUUGGAAAUAUUUGCUACAACAUCUGGAUGAUAUUGGCCACAAAAUACCGGAAUUCCGGAGAAGAGGAUCCCCACGAGGAGUCCCGUAGAAAUUCUCAAGGAAUCUUGAUCUUAUUCCUCACGAUAUCCGGAAUUUUUAUGGAAUUCUAAGAGACUGCCUGCAGAGAUUCUCCACGAAAUCUGCUGGAGAAACUCCUCCCUGAAACCUGAAGAGAUUACUAAUAGAAUUCUGAAGAAAUUCCUGGAGUAAUUUCCCGCGAUAAUUUCCCGGGAAACUCUUCGUGGAGUUUUGGAGACGUUUCUGCCUGAUUCAUUUAACACCCUGAAAAGAUUCCUUCCGGAUUAUACACAAGCUUACCACAGAUUUCUGCAGAGAAUACUUGUAGUAUUCUUGAGAGAUGCUUUCAGGAAUUCAAGAGAGAUAAGAUUCAAACUGUCACAAUCGUGAGAAGUUAUUCUUUGGAGUUUUGAAGAUCUUUUUUUUCAUAUCAAUAGAGGUGCUUCAUCUAGUACUCUGAAGAUAUCUCUUCAGAAAAUAUUCUUCACAACGUUCUAAUAGCUUCUAGAAUCGUGGGAAAUCCUUCCUGCCAUCCUGGAGAGAUUCUUUCUGGAAGCACGAGGAGUUUUCUUCUCGAAUUCUGAAAUUAUUACAUCCGAAAUUUUGUGGCUAUUUGUUCCGGAAUCUUAGAGAGUUCCAUCCGGAGUUUGGGAGAAAUUUUUAACAAAAUCCUGUAAAGAUUCCUUCAUGGAAUCCACGAGAAAAUCUCUAUGAAACCUUGGGAGGAUUCCUUGAAAAAUUCUAGAGUUAUUCCGUUCUGAGGCGUGGACAGAUAGGCUUCCGAAAUCUUGGAGAUAUUCAAAAAACUGAAGGGAUUCAUUCAGAAAAGAGGAGGGAUUCCUUCUGGAAUCUAGGAGAAAUUUCUUCAGGAAUUUAGGAUAAUUUUCAUCAGGAAUCUUCAGGAAGGUUUUAUUAUAAUUCUAGAGUGAUUCCACACGGAAUCAAUGAGACUUUUCCUGGGGAAUCCUGGAGAGAAGCUUUUCCAAAUCUUGGAAAGAUUUCUUCAUGAAUUCUGAAUCGAUUUUUCAGAAAUUUUGAAAAGGUUCUUCCAAAAUUCUUCUAGAGUUCCUUCUAGAACUUUCCGGAGUCCUGGAGUGAUUUUCAUUAAAUCAUGGAGAGGUUCUAUACAGAAUCCUUGAGAUUUUUCCUACGAAGUACUGGAGAUAUUCCGUUCUGAUUCGUGGAUAGAUUGUGGAAAUUCUUUUCGGAAUCUUAGAGAAGUUCCUUCCGGAUCUUGAAAAGAUUUUCAUGAAUUUCUGGAGAUAUCCCACACGGAAUCCAUGAGCAAUUUCCUAAGGAAUACUAAAGAGAUUCCUUCAUUUAUCCUGGAAGUAUUCCGUUCUCUGAUUCUUAAAGAGAUUGCUUCCGGAAUCUUGGAGAUUUUCUCCUUAGAAAACUGAAGAGAUUUAUCCCGAAAUCCUUGGGUAGUUAUUUCAGGAUUUUUUGAGAUUGAGAUUACUUUUUUGAGAUUGAGCGAUUCCUUCCGAAAUCUUAAAAAAAUGGUACCAAGAAUUUUGAUUUUUUUUUCAUUAAACUCUGGAAGAUUCUACAUGGCAUCCCCUAAGAAAUCCUGGAAAGAUUCUUUUCGAAUCCUUUGAAAGAUUUUUUCCAUAAUCCUCGAAAAGAAAAAUCCAUAAAUUUUCAAGAUUCUUUUCGAAAAUAUUCCGGAAUCCUUGCGAGAUUUUCAUGCAGUUCCAUAGGGAACUAUUGAGAGAUUCCUUCUGAAUUCUUGAAGAUAUUUCGUUCUAAUUCGUGGAGAGAUUGCCUUCUCAACCUUGGAGCUCUUCUUCUUUUGAAAACCCAGAGAGAUUUUUUUCCCGGAAUCUUGAACAAAUUUCAAUAAAAUUUCGGAAAGAUUCGGCACGGAAUCCAUGAGAUAUUCCCUACGGAAUUCUGCAAAGUUUAUUUUUGAAAUCUUCGAAAGAUUCGGUCCUAUAUCUUGGCAGGAUUCGUUCCUUUGUCCUGGAAGAAUUCCCUCUGGAAUAACAGAGAGAUUUCUUCCGGAAUCCUGAAGAGAAUCGAACACCUGAAAGCAGUUUUUCACAUUCUCACUAGCAAGUAGUUUCCAUUCUCCGACAUCAGUUCAUUCGACCUUCAACAUUGCAGCGACCUUGUUCGCCAUUUAUCGCAUAAUGGACCAGCUCAGACGAAUCCACCGGGUAUCGAAAUGGAUACCAAUAUAGCUAGAAGGAGAGAGCAACUCUACUACAAAGCUCUCCUCGGGCACAUUCAUCCAUCCAUGAAUAUUUCAUUUUGUUCGCAUUAAGCGCAAAGCUAAGUUCAGCCCUCUUCUUCCGCAGCACCGGAAACACUCCCGUAAGUUCCGCUUGGCCGUCGUUUGCUUCGAGUAGCGAUUUCCGUGAUUGUGAUCCAUCUUUCAUGCCGAGCGGCCGACCGACUGGGACAUCGAACUUGCUCCCUCUUACGAAAAUAAUUCGUCGGGUCACUAAAAGAUGUACAAUUAUGUUUCAAUUUGGGUGCUACACACAGCUAUAAUAGCAGCAGCGUGGGCGGUUCAUCUCCUAAGGCUGAGGUCCGAUGUCGGUGAUGGAAAGGAACAUUGAUUUAAUUUCGUUGAGAUGAAUUGACGACGACCUUUGCCUUUCGACCGUGAACCCCAAGUUGUGAAUUAUCAUUCGAGAGGUCGCUUCUUCCUUCCGUUCACCCCAGGAAAAUGUCACCCCAGAAGAAACAACCGACAAUUCCGAGAGAGGUCAAAUUUCCGAAUUGUUUCGCUUCGAUUAGCGAGCAGACUCUCGAAACUCGGUCUACCCGCGCCUUUUUGCUGCGGUUGGUGAACUGUGGUGGCCCCGCAAUGCGAUUCGACCGGCGACUGGGGAAAAAGCACAUCCAAUCGCUAAUCGUAUUAUCGCUUUCGACUCCGUCGUUGUCUCUAUGGCAAUCAAUGGCUGCAAUCGUUUGUCGUUUCCAUCUUGAUUGGGAAAAAUGACUCAGCUUCGAAUGAAUGGCGAUGGGAAUUUCGCCUGGGACAGAUUGUGGAACACGAGUUUAGUAGGAAAGGUCGACUGUCGCCAGAGAAAGUGGGUAUCGAUUGGAAAUCUUGAAGAGAUUCAUUCUGGAGGAGCUAUUCCAUUUGGAGUCCUGAUGAGAUUUCGUCUGGAAUCCUGGAGAGAUUCCAUCUGAAACACUAGAGAGAUUCCUUCAGAAAUCUUGCGGUGAUUCCGUUUGGAACUCUGCAGAGAUUGCGUCUGAAAUCCUGAAGAGAUUCCGUCCAAAGAAAGAUUCUUUCAUGAAUCCUGGUCUAAAAUUCUGGAAAAGUUUCGUUUCUUUUACUGGAAAGAUUCCGUUUCAAAACCGGAGAGGUUCUUUCAGAAAUUUUGGAGAGAUUUCGUCCAGCAUCCUGGAGAGAUUUUCCCUGGAAUAUCGGAGUGAUGCCUUCAGAAACCAUGAAGAGAAUUCGUCUGGAAUACUGGAGAGAUUCCUGCAGGUAUGCUGACAAAAUUUCGUUUGGAAGCCAGGAGAAGUUUCGUCUCGAUCACUGGAAUGUUUCCGUUUGAAAACUGGAGAGAUUAUAUCAGAAAUCCUGCAGAGAUUUCGCCUGGAAACCUGGAAAGAUUUCUUCUGGAUUCUAGAUAAGAUUUCGUCUAGAAUCGUGGAAAAAUUUCGCCUCAAAUACCGAAGAGAUUACAGAAAUCCUGAGGAUUUUGUCUGCAAUCUUAAAGAAGUUUCUUCUUAAUUACUGUAAUGUUUCCGUUUGAAAAACUGGAGAGAUUAUUUCAGAAAUUUUGGAGAGAUUUCAUCCAGCAUCCAGAAGAAAUUUCAUCCAGCAUCCAGGAGAAAUUUCACCCGGAAUAUCGAAGUGAUUUCUUCAGAAAUCUUGAAUAGAAUCCGUCUGGAAUACUGGAGAGAUCCAUUUAGGUAUCCUGGUGAGAUUCCGUCUCUAAUCGUGGAAAGAUUUCACCGGGAAUAUCGGAGAAAUUUUGCCUGUUUUAUCGGAGAGAUUUCUUAAGAAAUCCUGGAAGAAACUCGUAUGGAAUACUGGAGAGAUUCCUUCAGAAAUCCAAGGGAGAUUUCUUCCGUAUUCCUGGAAAGGUUUCGUAUCGAAUCCUGGAAAGAUUCAGUUUCAAAAAUUGGAGAGGUUCUUUCAAAAAUUUUGGAGAGAUUUCGUCCAGCAUCCUGGAGAGAUUUUCCCUGGAAUAUCGGAGUGAUGCCUUCAGAAACCAUGAAGAGAAUUCGUCUGGAAUACUGGAGAGAUUCCUGCAGGUAUGCUGACAAAAUUUCGUUUGGAAGCCAGGAGAAGUUUCGUCUCGAUCACUGGGAAGUUUCCGUUUGAAAACUGGAGAGAGUAUAUCAGAAAUCCUGCAGAGAUUUCGCCUGGAAACCUGGAAAGAUUUCUUCUGGAUUCUAGAUAAGAUUUCGUCUAGAAUCGUGGAAAAAUUUCGCCUCAAAUACCGAAGAGAUUACAGAAAUCCUGAGGAUUUUGUCUGCAAUCUUAAAGAAGUUUCUUCUUAAUUACUGUAAUGUUUCCGUUUGAAAAACUGGAGAGAUUAUUUCAGAAAUUUUGGAGAGAUUUCAUCCAGCAUCCAGAAGAAAUUUCAUCCAGCAUCCAGGAGAAAUUUCACCCGGAAUAUCGAAGUGAUUUCUUCAGAAAUCUUGAAUAGAAUCCGUCUGGAAUACUGGAGAGAUCCAUUUAGGUAUCCUGGUGAGAUUCCGUCUCUAAUCGUGGAGAGAUUUCACCGGGAAUAUCGGAGAAAUUUUGCCUGUAUUAUCGGAGAGAUUCCUUAAGAAAUCCUGGAGAAAACUCGUAUGGAAUACUGGAGAGAUUCCUUCAGAAAUCCAAGGGAGAUGUCUUCUGUAUUCCUGGAAAGGUUUCGUAUCGAAUCCUGGAAAGAUUCAGUUUCAAAAACUGGAGAGGUUCUUUCAGAAAUCAUGGAGAGAUUUCGUCCGGCAUCCUGCAGAGAUUUUGCCUGGAAUAUCGGAGUUAUUCCUUCAGAAAUCCUGUAGAGAAUUCGUUUCGAAUACUGGAGAGAUUCCUUCAGGUAUCAUGACGUAAUUUCGUUUGAAAGCCAGGAGAAGUUUCGUCUCGAACACUGGGAAGUUUCCAUUUAAGAACUAGAGAGAUUUCUCCUGGAAGUCUAGAGAGAAUCCGUCUGGAAUUCUGGGAAAAAAAAAUGUCUGGAAUCGUGGAAAGAUUUUACCUGGAGUAUCGGAAAGGUUCCUUAAGAAAUCCUGGAGAGAACUGGACUGGAAUACUGGGGAGAAUCAUUCAGAAAUCUUGAAGCGAUUCAAUCUGGAAUCUUGGAUUGAUUUCGUUUGGAAUCUUGGAGAGAUUUUGCCUGGAAUACCGGAAAGACUUCUUUAGAAAUCUUGAACAAAUUCCGUCUGCAAUCCCAAAAGAGUUUCGUCUCGAUUACUGGAAUCUCAACCGGAAAUUCAAACGGAAUUUUGAAAUAGAUUUUUUUUUUCAGAAAUCUUGGAGAGAUUUCGCCUGUAAUAUCUGAGUGAUUUCUUCAGAAAUCCUGAAGAGAAUCCACCUGGAACAACAAAGAUUACUUCAGAAUACCCGAUGAAGUUUAGUUUAGAAGCCAGGUGAAGUUUCGUCUCGAAUACUGAAAAGUUUUUGUUUUAAAAUUGGAGAGAUUCUGUCAGAAAUCUUGGAGAGAUUUCGCCAGGAGUUCCGGAGAGAUUCCGUCUGGAUUCUUGAAGAGUUUUCGUUUGAAACCGUGGAGAGAUUUCCCCUGUAAUAUCGGAGAGACUUCGUCUGUAAUAUCGAAGAUGUUUCUUCAGAAACCCUGGAGAGAAGUCGUCUGGAAUACUGAAGAGAUUUCUUCAGAAAUCUUAGAAAGAAUCUAUAUGGAACUCUGGAGAUGUUUCGUUUCGAAUAAUGGAAAGAUUUCGUUUGAAAACCUGAAAAGAUUCUUUAGACAUGCUGGAGAACUUUCGUCUUGAACACUGGAAAGAAUCCGUGUGUAAAACUGAAGGUAUUCUACCAGAAAUCUUGAGAAAGUUUUGUCUGGCAACUUGGAGAGAUUUUGCCUGGAAUAUAGGAGAGAUUCCUUCAGAAAUCUUGAAGAUAGUCCGUCUAAAAUACUUGAAAGAUUCCAUUUGAAAAACUGUUUGGAAUCUGUCAGAAAUCUUGGAGAAAUAUACCAUGGAAGCCCAGAGAGAUUUCGUCUGAAAUCCCAAAGAAAUUUCAUUUGGACUCUUCAAGAGAUUUUGUCUGGAAUACCGAAGGGAUUCUUUCAAAAAAUCUUGGGACGAUUCCGUCUGGAAUCCUGGAGAAGUUUAUUCUCGAUUACUAGAAAGAUUCGGUUUGCAAAACUGGAGAGAUUUUGUCUGCGGAAUACCGGAGAGAUUAGACUUGGAAUAUCGGAGAGAUUCCAUCAGGACUCAAAUUCUGGAGAGAACCCUUCAGAAAUGCUGGUGAAAUUUUGUUUGAAAUCCAGAAGAAGUUUCGUCUGAAAAGAUUCCGUUUGAAAAACUGGAGAAUUUUCUCCUGGGAGCCUGGAGAGAUUUCGUCUGGAAUCCUGAUGCGAUUGAAUCUGGAAUCGUGGAGAGAUGUUACCUAGAAUAUCGGAGGAAUUUCGCCUAAAAUAACGGAAAGAUUGCUUCUGAAAUCCUGUAGAGAACUCGGCUGAAAUCCCGGAGAGAUUUCAUCUGGAUUCGUGGAGAAGUUCGUAAUUAAUCCUGUACGGGUUCCGUUUGACAAACUGGAGAGAUUGUUCCAAAAAUAUAUUUUGAACUGCUUCCUGGGGAGAUUUUGUCUGGAAUAGCAGAGAUAUUUCCCCGGGAAUAUCGGAGAGAUUCCUUUCGCAUCCAUGAAGGUAAGCCGUAUAAUAUGCUGGAGAGAUUGCUUCAGAAAUCCUUGGAAGAUUUGGUUUGGAAUCUAGGAGUAGUUUUGUUUAAAGUGCUGAAAAGAUUCCAUUUGAAUUACUGGAGAGAUUCUGUCAGAAAUCAUGUAGAGAUUUCGCAUGGGAGCCUGGAGAGAUCCCUUCAGGUAUCCAAGGGAGAUCUCGUAUGAAAUCGUGGAGAGAUUUCCCCUGGAAUAUCGGAUAGUUUACGCCUGGAGGAUUAUUUUAGAAAUCCUGUAGAGAACUCGUCUUAAAUGCUGGAGAGAAUCCUUUACAAAUUCUGGGAAGAUUUCACCGGAAAUACAGGAGAAGUUUCGUCUAGAAUACUUGAAAGACUCCGUUUUAAAAAUUGGAGAGAUUCUAACAGAAAUCUUGGAGAGAUUUCAUCUGGGAGCCUGGAGAGAUCCCAUCUGGAAUCCUGGAGAGAUUUCGUCUGAAAACUAGGAGAGAUUACUUCUAGAAUAUCGGAGAGAUUUCAACUGCAACAUUGGUGAGAUACCUUCAGAAAUCCUGAGGAUAUUCCAUUUGAACCUAGGAGAAGUUUCGUACAGAAUACGGGGAAAACUCUGUUUGAAAACUGGAGAGAUUCUUUCAAAAAUCCUGGAGAAGUUUCCUCUUCAAUACUGAAGAGAUACUUUAGAAAUCCUGCGGAGUUUGUGUCUGAAAUAAUUAUGAGGAUUUUCUUCAGAAAUCUUGUAGGAAUCCAAGAGAAGCUGUGUCUCGAAUACUGGGAAUAUUCCAUUUAAAAACUGGAGAGAUUCCUUCAGAAAUCUUGGAGAGAUUUUCUCCGAGAUCUUGGAAAAAAUUCGCCUGGAAUACCGGAGAGAUUGCUCCAGUUGGAAAUCCUGGAGAAAUUUCGUUUAGAAUACUGGAAAGAUUCCGUUUGAAAAACUGGAGAGUUCUUUCAGAAAUCUUGGUCUAGUUUAUUUUCCAAUACUGAAAAUAUUUCGUUUAAAACUCUAAAUUUUCUUCAAAAAUACUCAAGAGAUUCCUUCUGGAAUUCUGGAGAAGCUUCGUCUCGAAUACUGAAAAAAAGCCGCUGAAAAUCUGGAGCGAUUUUUUUUCUAAAAUUUUGGAGAGAUUUCUGCCGAAAUUCUGGAAAGUUUUCGCCUGGAAUACCGACGAGAUUCCCUCAAAAUUCUGAAGAGAUUUCGUUCGCAAUCCUGGAGAGAUUUUGCCUGGAAUACAGGAGAAGUUUCGUCAGGAAAGUUCUGUAGAUGAUUUCUCCUGAAGUUGUGGAGAGAUACCUCCUGCAAUUCUGAGAAAGCAAAACAAAAAAAGCAACGAUUUUUCCGGAACAUUUGUAAAAUUCUUUCAGGAAUCCACGAGAAGCUUCUCCGUAAAAUCUGUACAGGUUUCUUUCAGAAUAUUAAAAAAUUCUUUCCGGAAGCUUCUUUCAAAAAUUUUAGAGAUAUCUUUCGCUAGAUUUUUUUUAAAAUUUGGCGGUUCAAACAUUUUAUUAUUAUUAUUUUUUUUUAUCAAGAAUUCAUGUUAGUGAAUCACUAGUCAUUUGGUGUGCCCUUGUUACCAACUUUUCCCCUAUCAACAUACGCUUUCACCCAAAAUGCUUACCUCGAGGUUUUGGUGCAACCGCAUACUAGAGUGGCUUUUCCCCCAUAUACCUUCUUAUAAAUCUGAACGAUUUUGUACAUAUUUUUGAUACUACUUAAGGCAUUACGAUUUACAUUAUCAAAUUAUACUGUGACAAGCGUGCUGUACAAUGAUCUAGUUUUUAUCAUUUCUCGACUUGGUAUUCUUCUCGCUUUCGUUUCGGAUUUCGACCGGAUGAUGGUUGAAAGUAAUCGAAUGGCUUAGUCAAGUCAACUUUGCGCGUUUCCGCUUUUCAACCAUCUCUCGAACAUUAUUACUCGAUAUUAGUUUAAGUGAAAAGCGUAGUUAAGAUUUAAUCGCAAGUCGCACACAAACACACUUACAAUGUUCAUAACUUGAGAACAAAAAAAAAGAUUACAACAAAAAAUUUACUAAAUGUAAAACCAGAAAUCCAUUUUUGCACAAAACCAACUUUAACAUGUGUCUAGCACAAAAACGUCAUGAGAACAAAAACAAAAUGAACGGAAAAUAUGAUAUUUUAGAAUUUAUAGAGAACUCUAACACAGAUUACAGAAAA